UUUCGAUUCACUUUCGCCCCCUUUAUAUCACUCCUCUCCGCCCUUCCCAUUCUCUUCCCCUUCGCUCCCUUUGGCUUCUCCGGUUCGUCCCCUUUCUGGGUUUUUGAAUUGUGCACCAGAUGUCUGUUGGUUCCAGCAAGAAACAUCAGUUUUUUGUUAGGGGUGCAUUCCUUUUUAUGAACCGCGGAAGGCUGUGGUGUGCAGGAAAGAUCUUGUUUCGGCAUUGGACUUGACAGCAGUUGAGGAUUUUUGUGGUGGGGGAUUGGAGGCUCUGGUGUAUUUGCACAUAGCUCUGUUAAGUUUAUUGCCACUAUUAAUUUUACUCUAGUUCUUACUCAGCGAGCCCUUUUGGGGCUGGUUCAUUUCACUUAGUUUGGCCGUUUUUUUUCUGGUUAUUUCAAUGGCGAGGCUUCCGCCGGGGUUUCGCUUUCACCCAACUGAUGUUGAGCUGAUUAUGUACUAUCUCAAGAGGAAGAUCAUGGGGAAAAAACUUCAUUUUGAAGCCAUAACGGAACUCAACAUCUACAAGUUCUCCCCGUGGGACCUUCCAGACAAAUGUUGCUAUAAAAGUAAAGAUCUAGAAUGGUAUUUCUUUUGCCCAAGGGAGAGAAAGUAUGCAAGUGGAGCCAGAAUGAAUCGUGCUACUGAAACUGGCUACUGGAAAACUACUGGGAAAGAUAGAUACAUUAAUUACGAUGAAAAGAUUGUUGGAUCAGUUAAAACUCUUGUGUUCCACCAAGGCCAUCCCCCGCGAGGGCAGAGAACUGAUUGGGUUAUUCACGAAUACAAGUUUGAAGAUAAAGAAUUGGCUGAUGCAGGAUUUGCUCAGGAUUCAUAUGUGCUAUGUAAAGUAUUCCAGAAGAGUGGGCCAGGUCCAAAAAAUGGUGCACAGUAUGGAGCACCUUUUAAGGAGGCAGAUUGGGAAGACGAUGAGAUUCCUGCUGAACCUUGUACAUCAGAUGUUUUAUGUGCUCCACCUCGAAGGCCUGACAAUAAGAACUACUCAAUUGAGAGUGAGACCAGCAUGGUUAACCCAGGAAGCACAUCUGGCUUGCCUUCAAGUCAACCGAGUCCGAGUCUAUCUUCUAUUCAGAGAAUGCCUUUGGAUGAGCCAAAUAUUGAGGUUCUAGGUGAACCACAUCCAUCCAAUGUAUCUCCUAUCAAUUGGAUGCCUUCCGAUAAGCUAGAUAAUGAGGGGGUGGCUGGUGAAUCAAACCCAUCCAAUAUUUUUUCUGCUCUGCCUGUACUGCCUGAAAAACAGAGUUUAAUUGAUACCAGCAUGAUUAACCGUGGUCCAGGUCCAUCUAAUGCUCGGCUUUGUACUAAUAAGAUGCCUCUGGAUGAGCAAGAUGAUGAGAUCAUUGGUCUAUUAGCUCAUUUCACAGAAGAUACUACUUUGCUAUCUGAUGGCAAUGAGAAUAAUCAGAAUCUAGAGAACUUUAACCAAGAUAUGAAUGCUCUACCUGAUCCAUUUACUGAUGGGAAUGAUAUUUUCGACGGCCUUGGUCACAUCGAGAACUGGGAAGGACUGGGUCAAUCGAGAUCUGAUCUCUCUGCAAGCUGGCGAGCCAGUUAUAGUCUUAACCCCAUGAUUCUGCCAAAAGAUGCUGCCUAUAUGGAGCUCAAUGAUCUUGAAAUCCCUUUGGAUCACUCUGCUGGAACCAUCGAAACUGGACGAUUAGCGCCGAGCAACUUAUCUGCGCCAUAUAAAUCUAACAUUGAUGUGCAGCAGUUCUGUUUUGGAAACAAUUCCUUGGGCAUAAAUCAAGAUUUCUGCGAAAAUCAGCUCCCGAUGCUCCCUGAAAGUUACACUCAACAAGUGAAUCAUUCUGACAUGGUUUAUAAUUAUUAUCAGAACAACGUAAGUCAGGGUUAUAAUGCUGCGACCAACUUCAGUGUUAGCUCUUACAAGCAUCCAGAGGAGAGCAGUAGACUCGCUGCUCAAAACAUGGAAAGAGGGGUGCAGCAAAGAAAGUUUUAUUUGAGCAUAUUUGCUCUUUGUGGUGGCUCCUUGAUACUUGUCAAGGCUGAGGUGAUUCUUGGGAUUGAUGGAUGCACUAACGACGCCUUGUCAGUUAUACUGGGAGAUCUGUUUAAUUCGAGCAUAUUUGCUCUUUGUGGUGGCUCCUUCAUAUUUGUCAAGGCUGAGGUGACUCUUGAGAUUGAUGGAUGCACUGACGAAGCCUUGUCAGUUAUACUGGGAGGUCUUUCUUGUGUUUUUACCUGUCAGUCAAAUGUUGGUAAGGCAGAUAUUUCUAAGGAUGGUAAGGCAGAUAUUUCUAAGGAAGUGCUUGAGCCCUUGCGUUUUGGGUUUAGUUUGGCUCUUUGCUUUUCUCAUUUGAACAAGUUAUGGUAUAAUUUAUUUUGGGAGUUUUAUGAAUUUAUCUUCUUAAAGAUAUUGCUAAAUCAACUUCAAGUUAUAUUUCAAGUGGUUUGUUGUUUCAUCUUCAUUCCCAUCUUAGCUUGUUAUGUGGUACUCUUGGUUUGAUAGCACACUGAUAACUCAGAGUUGCUGGUGGUCGAAAAUUCAUUACAAUAUUUGUGUUCAAUCUUAUAUACCUUUCUGGUGUUCAGCUC